AUGAGUUUCGAAAUGCUUUCAAGGGCUCUUACAGCCAGUUGCAUAGGCAUUGCAACUCAUAAUCUUAUUUUCAUCCACAAUGAGUGGCAUCUACUUGCCCCUGCUAUCCUUUCUAUACAUUUAAUAUUAGCCAUCAGCGUGGUAGCCGCUGAAAUUUGGAAGGGUGGUACAACCUACUCCAGUCAUCUUGCCGCUGCUAUCUCGAUUCUUUGCUAUCUCACAUCCCUUUUCAGCAGCAUUGUCAUUUAUCGUCUUUUUUUUCAUCGACUGCGACACUUCCCUGGACCACGUCUUGCGGCUGCCAGUCCUUGCGAGAUAACCGUCUUUACCGCUGGCGCAUUUGAAGCUAUGGAUGGACCUAAAAGUAAUACUACUCGUUCUGAUUGGUACGACUUACUUCACCCACGAGUAUCUUCUGUUUUCACGAGAGAUAAAGAGUUGCACGACGAGAGGAGACGAAUCUGGUCGCAUUCACUAAGCACUCGUGCUCUCUCAUCAUACGAGCCUCGUGUUCUCCGAAAGGUUAUGGGCCUGAGAAAUCACAUCGAGAAAGCUAAUUGCAACCCAAUUUUUGUCAACGACUUAAUGCAAUGGUUCUCUUUCGGCUUAAUGGGUGAUUUUGCUUUUAGUCAAGACUUUGGCAUGAUGGAAAAAUCAGAAUAUCAUUCAGCUAUUGAGAUGGUGCGAUCUGCCAUAACGUUAUUAGGGCCUUUCAGCCCAGCCAUAUGGAUACCCAGAAUAGGGUUUGCGUUUCUGUCUCGGUUCUGGAAAGUCAAAGAUUGGUUUGGCAUGCUAGCAUUCUGUGAUACAUGUAUGGAGCGUCGCAUGAAGGUCACAGUCAAAGAGAGAGACAUUGCGUCUUGGUUCAUCGAAGACGCCGAGAAAAACAAGAAUAAUGGUCAAUACCGCAGAUGGCUCAGUGGAGACACAGCAACGGUUGUUGUAGCUGGAAGCGACACUACAGCUCCAACGUUGACCACCUUAUUCUACUUUCUGGCGAAGAAUCCUCAAGAUGCGGAGAAAAUAUAUCAAGAGAUCUCCAAUGUCGAUUUGCAGGAUGUAAACGCAGUUGCAGCUCUACAUCAUCUGAACGGCUCAAUUAAUGAAGCCAUGCGCUUGUUACCAGCCGUUCUUACCUUCGUGACUCGUGUCAGCCCACCUGAAGGAAUGGACGUGAAUGGGACACACAUACCAGGAAAUGUGAAAAUUGCCGCCCCGCGAUAUUCUAUUGGAAGACCCUGGAAGGAACCUCACAAAUUUUGUCCGGAACGAUGGUAUAGUCGUCCCGAAAUGAUCUUGGAUAAACGAGCAUUCGCACCCUUUGGAGUUGGACGCACGAGUUGCGUAGGCAAGAACCUAGCACUGACGGAAGUUCGUAUGGCAAGUGCGCAUUUAAUUUCGGCAUUCAAGAUACAUUUCCAUCCUGGAGAUAAUGGGGACGCUGUUGAACGCGAUUUGAGAGACCAGCUUACAGCCAAGCCUGGUGAAUUGAGAUUGAUUUUCGAGCCACGCAUUUCGCAAUGA